CAGCUCUAUGUGUUGGUGAGGUGAGGGGCAGAAAAGCCCACGACAUCGUUGAAAAUUUUCGCAAAGCGAAACCAAAAAGUUAAAAAUAAAUGUUUACUGAGCAGCGGAAUAGAGGGGGCGGGCGAAAACGCAAUUAACCCCCCACCGGCCGCCAGCGGCGAAGUGUUAAAUCUCCACUGAAUCUUAGAAUCCUCUGAAACCGAAGCCAGCAAGGACACCACAAGAAAAACAAUCCCACGCAACCUGAAUCGCAGCAAGCAAGACAUCGCCAACUUCAGCGGGAGAGGGUCUCCUGAACGCCAGGAAGUGGAAGCGAAGCUUACUGCCGCUGCCGAAUAAUGAGUCGACAUGAAGGUGUCAGCUGCGAUUCGUGUCUCAAGAGCAACUUUAACGGCAGGCGCUACAAGUGCCUGAUCUGCUAUGACUACGACCUGUGCGCCGACUGCUACGAGGAUGGCGUCACUUCGACACGCCAUUUGGUCGAGCAUCCCAUGCAGUGCAUCCUUACCCGCUCCGACAUCGAGCUAUACUUUGGCGGCGAGAUGCUAACCUCGGAUCAGCCGCAAAGCUUUACCUGUCCCUACUGCAAAAAGAUGGGCUUCAGCGAUGCCACUUUACUGGAGCACGUCUCCGCCGAGCACACGGAGACCAGCCUGGAGGUGGUCUGUCCCGUCUGUGCCGGAUUGCCGGGCGGCGAACCGAAUCUAGUCACAGAUGACUUUGCCGGUCACCUAACAUUGGAACACAGGCAGGGACCGCGCGAGCUGAUUUCCUUUUUGGACGAGCCCUCUGCCAUCCGUCACGGCGGUGGAGUGCGCCGGAUCCCUGGACGCACCCUUGGUGGCCCACGCACGCGACGCUCCAAUAUGCACUUUAGCUCUUCGAGCGGUCUAUCGGCCCUUUCACCCUCGGGCCGGGAAUCGGUGGAUCCCAUUGCGGAAUUGCUCUCGCAGCUCUCCGGUGUACGGCGGGGUGGACCGCCCACAUCGCAGCUGCAGCAGCUACAGAUGCAGAUGCAGUUGGACCGACAGCAGGUGACGGCAUCGCGCCAAAUCGAUCGGCUGCCAAGGCGCGGGCAUCCCAUAGUCUCAACAUCGAACUCGAAUGCCGCCAUGGCCGAGGUGAUCAGCGGUGGAGCAGGCAGCGGAGGCGGAGGCAGUGGCGCAGUUGGAAGUGGUAGCGGCGGCGGCAGCGGAGGCACGGCUCCGCCCAACCUGCGCACCACCGAGUGGCCGGUGACAGCCAGCUUCUCGACAUCGGCCAGCAAUCAUUCGCAGACUCAGUCGAGUCUGGCCGCCAACAGCCUCAAUGCCAGAGAAGCGGUCGGUAGCAGCAGCAGCGCUAACAAUGCCCUCGGUAUCAGUGUGGGCGUGGGCGGAGCGGCCAAUGGCAACGGCGGACCAGGAGCAGUCGGUGUGGGAGUAGGAGCCGGAGGCAGUGGUCAGACGGGUGGGCAGGGAGGCGCGGCAGCUGGGGAGUCCCUAUUACUGGCCCAGUUCAUGCAGCCCACCCUUACCGAGGCCGAAUGGGCGAAUGUGGAGCGCAAGCGGGCAGAUCGCUCCAUGUUUGUGCAGUCUCUGAUGCUAUCGAUGCUCUGCAAUGAGGCGCUUGACUUGAAUGCCUCCGAUGAGAGCCUGGCCAAGAGUGAUAAUGUAAAUAAAGGGCAACAGCAGCAGCAGCAGGAGGAUGCGGAGGCCGAGGCGCAGGCGGAAACGCUGUUAAACAACAAUGCCGAAGUGGAGCAACAGGAACAGCAGCAGGCACAGCCGGCGUUGGUGCGACAGGUGAAUCAAAUGCAACAGACCUCUCCGGAGGACUUUGUUUGCGACGAGUAUCGCUAUAAAAACAAAAAGGCCAACACAACACAAACGAGCGGCACAGCUGGCGGAGGAGGAGUAGCGGGAGCAGCAGCCACUGCGGCAUCCGGAGGGGGUGCUAGCGGAGCUGGCAGUAAGCCAACAGCUGACAGAGGCAUCGAGAGACGUGGCGGCCGACCGCCGCCCGCGGAGAUGGCCACGGGCUCGUCGCAGCAGCCACAACAGCAGCAGUCCACGGGCAAUCCGGCAGCGUCCCAGCAGAAAUACAAACAGAACGCUAAUACAGCGGCGGCGGCAAACACAAAUCAAAUUCCCGACACUAGGUAGUGCCUCUGAUGAUGAUCACAGCGACAACAACAACCACACACCCAAUGUAGCUGCAGCAGCCACAACCAAUCUAUCACCACCAGCAACACCGCAACAGCAAUCGAAAGCAGAAACAGCAGGAGCAGACGCUGAUACAGAAACAGAAACAGCAGCCACAAUUGAUGGAACUACAACCAACACAGCCGUAAAAGUAACAACCGUAGUAGUGCGGGAUAGCUGCUGCUCUGGAGGAAUCGGAUUCGUCUUAAGCAGUUGCUGACGUCCGCCGCAGCAAAUUCGUCAAAAGGAAACAACUAUAUUAUGUAUCGUUUAUUAAAUAUAUUAAAAUUUAUAUAAUUAUAAAAAGAAGAGAGGAGAGAUGUGCAGCAAGAAAAAUUAUUGUAAUC